AUGGCGCCUUCUGCAACACAGACCGUCACCGUGCCGGUGCUUCCUUCAUCCAUCAAGCUCAACCCCACCGGCACUGGGCAGUACAAGGAGCUUGCGGCCACAAAAUACGAUGUAGAAGUUGAGACGGGGAAAAAGGACUAUGCGGCGGCAAAGUACGCGAAUUACCUCCCGACCUGGAACCCCGAGCAAAAGUACCCUCCCCUACAGCCCUUUGAGCACUACGAGCACGGCAAGGACGCCGACCCGUCGUACCCAGACCUCCUCCCCGAGGGCGUCGUCACCGUCACCCACCUGACCCCGUCGAUCGGCACCGAGGUCCGGGGCAUCCAGCUCAGCACGCUCAGCAGCGCGGGCAAGGACCAGCUGGCGCGCCUCGUGGCCGAGCGCAAGGUGGUCGCCUUCCGGGACCAGGACUUCGCCGACCUGCCCAUCGACGCGGCGCUCGAGUACGGCGGCUACUUCGGCCGGCACCACAUCCACCCGACGUCGGGCUCGCCCGAGGGCUUCCCCGAGAUCCACCUCGUGCACCGCGGGGCCGGCGACCGCGGGGCCGAGGAGUUCUUCAAGGCCCGCACCAGCUCGGUGGCCUGGCACUCGGACGUCUCGUACGAGCAGCAGCCGCCCGGCACCACGUUCCUGUACAUCCUCGACAAGCCCGAGACGGGCGGCGACACGCUGUUCGUCGACGCCGUCGAGGCCUACAACCGCCUCAGCCCGGCGUUCCAGCAGCGCCUGCACGGCCUCAGGGCCACGCACUCGGGCAUCGAGCAGGUCAACGCCUCGGCCGCGAGGGGCGGCGUCAAGAGGCGCGACCCCGUCGUCAACGAGCACCCCAUCGUCCGGACGCACCCCGUGACCGGGCAGAAGGCCCUCUAUGUCAACCCGCAGUUUACCCGGGACAUCGUCGGCCUGAAGAAGGAGGAGUCCGACGCGCUUCUCAAGUUCCUGUACGACCACCUGGCGUACGGCGCCGAUUUCCAGGCCCGGGUGAAGUGGGGGGAGGGCACCGUGGUGGUGUGGGACAACCGCGUGACGCAGCACUCGGCCCUGGUCGACUGGAAGAGUGGCCAGAGGAGGCACCUGGCCAGAAUCACCCCGCAGGCCGAGCGGCCGUUCGAGACCCCGUUCGAGGGUUAA